CAAGGGCGGGGGCGACGCUUGGCGGCCAAUGGAGCGCGGCGCUACCGCAAGGGCGGUGCAGGAACCCCGGCCGCUGACAGUCAAAGUCGCCAACUCCGCCCUCGUACCCGCGGGAUCCCGGAGCCGGAGCCCGAGCCCGAGCGGGGCCAAGGCCGCCCAAGGCGCGCUGAGAGCGAGCGAAUAUGGCAGCAGAAUGAGGAGCCUGGCGCCGGGUGGUGUCCGCCGCUGCGGUGCUGCUGCUGGCGUUCGACGUCUGGUACGCUACGAACCUCAUCCUUAGUCGGCCUCUGGGUGGCCUCUGGGUUCCAUUCGUUACCAAGGACCGGGGGAAAAAGGAGAUCCGCAGCCCACAGAGGGUGGUGAAGCGGGAGCGCCAUCCGGGAGAGAAAUUCUGCCGGGAUGAGCCGGCCAUGGGGCGGCCUCGGCGGGGCGCACGGAGCCGGCCGGCGCUGCCGCGGGAGCGCUGCCUGAGCCCGGGCUCCACGGGGCUUCGGGGCCUCGUGCAUCCUGGCGGAGUCCCUGCUGCUGUCUCCGGGAAGGACAGGAGCCCCGAGUGGUGGGGACUGCAGCAGUCACAGCGCUGAGGCUCCCAGAGCCUGCACGGUCUGUGGUUCCGUGCGCUGUCACGCCGCCGCACUCGGGCUCCUUGCCCGGGGCUCGGCGGCUAGCGCAGCGCAGCGAGGUCGGUCGCAGGAGCCGGGAACUGCUGGACCAGCCGGAGAGGCUUGCGUUCUGGUGUUCGACUGGAGAUCCCGGCAGCAGCAGAACCGGGCGGACCUGAGCAGCCAUGCUUCCCGGGGUGGGCGUGUUCGGCACCAGCCUCACGGCCCGAGUCAUCAUCCCGCUGCUGAAAGAUGAGGGCUUCGCGGUGAAGGCGCUGUGGGGCCGCACGCAGGAAGAAGCCGAGGAGCUGGCUAAGGAGAUGAGCGUUCCUUUCUACACCAGCCGCAUAGACGAGGUGCUACUGCACCAGGAUGUGGACUUGGUGUGCAUCAACCUACCGCCGCCGCUCACUAGACAGAUCGCUGUCAAAACCUUGGGCAUAGGCAAGAAUGUUAUCUGUGACCGUACCGCCACGCCGCUGGACGCCUUCCGCAUGAUGUCAGCAGCCCACUACUACCCGAAGCUCAUGAGCAUCAUGGGCAACGUGCUGCGCUUCCUGCCAGCCUUCGUACGCAUGAAGCAGCUGAUUGAGGAGGGCUACGUGGGCGAGCUGCUGGUGUGCGAGGUGCAGGUGCACAGCGGUAGUCUGCUGGGCAAGAAGUACAACUGGAGCUGCGACGACCUGAUGGGUGGUGGCGGCCUGCACUCCGUGGGCACCUACAUCAUCGACCUGCUCACCUUCCUCACGGGCCAGAAGGCUGUCAAAGUCCACGGGCUGCUCAAGACCUUUGUCAAGCAGACAGACCACAUCAAGGGCAUCCGUCAGAUCACCAGCGAUGACUUCUGCACCUUCCAGAUGGUGCUGGAGGGUGGAGUGUGCUGCACCGUUACCCUGAACUUCAAUGUGCCUGGAGAGUUCAAGCAGGACGUGACCGUGGUGGGCUCCGCUGGGCGGCUCCUGGCGGUGGGCACCGACCUCUAUGGACAGCGCAAUAGCGCCCCAGAGCAGGAGCUGCUGCUUCAGGACACUACAUCCGUGAGCAACUCCCUGCUGCCUGAGAAGGCAUUCAGCGACAUCCCCUCGCCCUACCUGCGGGGCACCAUGAAGAUGAUGCAGGCAGUGCGCCAGGCCUUCCAGGAUCAAGAUGACCGGCGCACGUGGGACGGCCGGCCUCUUACCAUGGCUGCCACCUUCGACGACUGCCUGUAUGCUCUUUGCGUGGUAGACACCAUCAAGAGGUCCAGCCAGACUGGAGAGUGGCAGAACAUUGCCAUCAUGACCGAGGAGCCAGAGCUGAGCCCUGCCUACCUGAUCAGUGAGGCCAUGCGCAGAAGCAGGAUGUCCCUUUACUGUUAGCACUGGAACCUGGUGGACUUGACCUGCUUGCUGCGUGGGGCCAGUUAGGAGGAAAUGCACUGUGGAGUGGGUGGCCGUGGGUGGGGAUUAUGGAAGGGGCAGCAUGAAUGCACAGCAUGAAGGGUGGUCCCCGUCCUAAGUAGAGGGCCUAAGUCACAUGUAGUGGUGGUGGGCCGAUGUCAUAUUCAGAAAGCCAUGCCAUCCUAGUUGGGUAUCUGAUGAAAGAAAGUUUAACUAGCGCCUUUGCAGUCCAUUACUGUGAGAAGCAAGGAGGGGCUGCCCCCUGCCCUACCUCAUCCAUCCACAGACCUUGGUUGGCCUUCUUCGCAAGCUAAGGCUGUGUAUCAAAUGAGGAGCUCAGCCAGAGCUAGGCUCUCCGUCCGCGCCCCCCACUGGCAGAAGAGGGCACUUCAUCAAAUGCCUACAUAGGGUUUUUGGUUUGGUUUGGUUUGGUUUUUGGUAAACGGGGGUGGGGGGGGCGAGCUUUUGAGAAAGUUAUAAUUCCGGGAAGCCACUGUGUGUUUUGCUUUAAGAACCUGCAGCAAAAGUGUGCCGCUCCCUCGGUUGCUCUGUCUUCUCGGGAGCAUUAGAUACCUACCUGGCUCGUUGCUGUUAGGGGAGUAACGGGCAGCCAACGAGGCAGUAAGCUGUACCUCUGAGCUGACCAAGAUGACAGACAAGCUACAAUGAGCUACUUCAGAGUCCCCCUUCAGCAGGGGGUGGUUGCGGAUCAAUAGUCCGGUCAAGAGGCGCUGAGAACCACUACAUGUGGCGGGGGGGCUUAAACUGUAGCUGCCUGCCCGGGUGGGGCACCCCGCAACCCUGGGUGUAGCAAUAUGAGUGCCCCAAAAGAAGGAAACAUGAGGCCAGCCCUAGAGUUGCUGUAAGCUCCUGCCAGGCUGAAGAAAAGACAUUCAGGUCGCCGAGCUUUGUAGACUUAGACAGGAAGCCCGUGGCCUCACCCCCACAGAAUCCCUUUAAGAAGCCUCGAGGCUCUUUCCCUUCCCUUUGGCCUUGGCUCUCAGGAUUCUGACAGCUGGAAACUUCUGAAUAGGUAUUAAAACAAAAAAGACGACAGGGGACAUAACUCUCGGUGUUUCUAAAAUGGGGAUUCAGGGCCUGGAGAGUGUACAUAGGUGGAGAAGGUUCAAGUUGAAAAAAAAAAAAAACCUAUCUUUUUCUUCCUCUCCUGUUUGCCUAGUCUUUUUACCCCCGAUUUGAAACUAGAGAUGGCCAAGUACUACUAGCUUACAAAUAGGCAAAGACAACGCCUUUGUAAAUGUUUGCUCUCGAGUACCACUCAAACAUUCGAGUCUGGUCUUGAGAGACAGGGCAAGUCACAUACAUUUUGAAACCGGGGGUGUUGUCUUUUCCUUGGCUGGCUUUGCCAACCCUCACCAGGCAGUUUUAAAGCUGGUUAUGUAGACUAGUCCUCUAAGUAGUCGGCCCGAGUCCACUCAGCGUUCCUCCCUGGGGCCCUGGUAAUUCACAGAGACAGUCACACUGGAGGCCACACACACCAGCAGAAUCAUGGUCCUUCUCUAGCGUGAAGGGGCAGGUGUUGCCCUUUGAGGAAGGCCCCCCCCCCAUCAUAAAGUCUGUCAGCUGAAACCUUCUGCGACUUUGAUUGGCUGCCACCCCUCAUGAAUUGUCUUCCAGGUUUGCAGUUAUUGGAUCGGAACAGCACUCUGCACACAGCCACAUCAUAGACAUUUUUAGGGGUCCCUGCUCUCCUAAAUUGCUCUCUGAGGCAGUAAUUCCCCCAUCCCAGCUACCCCUAAAAGCUGUGAUUACGGAUGAAAUCAGGGGGCAUGAUGGAUGGCUGUAUGGAGAUCAUUUUCCUAAGUCAUUUACCCUAAGUAGAUAUGCUCGGGCAUUCCAUUUCUGGGUUCUCUACUCUCUCCAGGAUCUUUGAGAGCUUUCCUUCUAGAGGCCUUGGAGCUCUGUGAUGAACAUGCAGGGUUUAAACACAAGCUACCAUUUGAGGCUAGGGGAUAUGGGAAGAACAUGUAUUCUUUGGAAGAAGCAUGAGAGCAGUAAGGGUACCGAGAUCCUAUCGACUAGAAUGCACGUGGUAGAUAGAGGUGGUUCUCUGAAAGCAAAAAUGGCGGCACACAGGGUUAAGGGCUUCUUUCAUGCUCCUUCAGCUCUUGCCUUUCCAUGUGCUCAUUCUUGAUUGGCUGAAGCCCCAAGCUCUUGACAACAUUCUGCAGAAUAACUUUAACCCAGCCUCCAAAGGCUGUUAGGAGCCCACUCAGUUUCCCCUUGCCUUGCUUGCUCCCAUCCUUUUAUAAAUCCUGCU